UCCUGGUGACGGAGAAGCGGUUGGGAGGGAGCUGCCAGCAUCGUCUCAUACCGUCGGUGGACAGAAAGCUCCGUGUCCGCGGAGAUAUGGAGACGCCGGGGAGAAUAGCAACCACACCGGACGCCCUGGACUUCACGGUGGAGAACGUAGAGAAGGCUCUCCAUCAGUUGUAUUAUGAUCCAAAUAUCGAGAACAAGAAUUUGGCCCAGAAAUGGCUGAUGCAAGCUCAAGUUUCACCUCAGGCCUGGCAGUUUUGCUGGGCCCUACUUAGCCCGGAUAAGGUGCCUGAGAUUCAGUACUUUGGGGCCAGCGCACUUCACACCAAAAUCUCCAGGUACUGGUCAGACAUCCCCACAGACCAGUACGAGUCCCUGAAGAGCCAGUUGUUCUCCCAGAUAGCUUGCUUCUCCUCCGGCUCCAAGAUGGUUCUCACCCGGCUGUGCGUGGCGCUGGCCUCUUUGGCGCUCAACACAAUGCCAGAGGCCUGGCCCGGCGCCGUGGCGGAAAUGGUCCGGGUGUUUCAGGAGGAGGGGGGAGGGGUGGACGGCCGGGCACGCUGCCUGGCUUUGCUGGAGCUGCUCACUGUGCUGCCCGAGGAGUUCCAGACCAGCCGCCUGCCGCAGUACCGAAAGGGACAGGUCCGGGGAGCCCUGGGCCGGGAGUGGGGAUCUGUCUGCCCCUUACUGCAACAACUGCUGCGGCGAUCCGAUAGCCCCGGGGCGGUUAAAGCCCGUGUGCUGCGCUGCCUGUCGUCAUGGGUGCUGCUGGACGUGCCCCUCAACGAGAGCGAAGGACUGGUGCACGACUGCUUCAGCGCCCUGUCCGACCCAGAGCUCUUCGACACGGCAGUAGAGGCCAUAGUCAACGCCAUUUCUCAACCUGAUUCCCAAAGAUAUGUGAACACAUUACUGAAGCUGGUUCCUCGAGUGUUGGCCCUCCAGGAUCAGCUGAGGGAGGCUGUGCAGAACGGAGACAUGGAGACCUGCCAUGGGGUCUGCCGGAUCGCUGUGACUCUGGGAGAGAACCACUCUAGGACUCUGUUGGAGCAGGUGGAUCACUGGCAGAGCUUCCUGGCUUUAGUCAACAUGAUCAUGUUUUGUACAGGCAUCCCCGGCCACUAUCCAGUCAACGAGACCACUAGCUCCCUUACGCUCACCUUCUGGUACACACUACAGGAUGAAAUCAUGUCCUUUGAGUCAGAUAAGCAGGCAGUGUACCUCCAGGUCUACAGGCCAGUGUAUUUCCAGUUGGUGGAUGUGCUGCUUCAUAAAGCCCAGUUCCCCUCGGACCAGGAAUAUGCAUCCUGGUCCUCGGAUGAGAAGGAGCAGUUCAGGAUUUACAGGGUGGACAUCUCAGACACACUCAUGUAUGUGUAUGAGAUGCUGGGAGCAGAGCUGCUGAGUAACCUGUAUGAUAAACUAGGGAGGCUAUUGACGAAUACAGAGCAGCCUACAUCAUGGCAGCACACAGAAGCUUUGCUGUAUGGCUUCCAGUCCAUAGCAGAAACAAUAGAUGUGAACUAUUCUGACGUCAUCCCAGGCUUGAUAGGGCUCAUCCCUCGAAUCAGCAUCAACAAUGUCCAGUUAGCCGACACGGUCAUGUUCACAAUAGGCGCUCUGGCUGAAUGGUUAGCGGACCACCCAGUGAUGCUCAGCAGUGUCCUGCCUUUGGUUUUACAAGCAUUAGGAAAUCCAGACCUUUCCAUAUCGUCUGUUUCAACCUUAAAAAAAAUCUGCAGGGAAUGCAAAUAUGACCUGCCAGCCUACGCAACCAACAUCGUAGCAGUUUCUCAGGAGGUGCUUAUAAAACAGAUCCACAAGACCAGUCAGUGCAUGUGGCUGAUGCAGGCUCUGGGAUUCCUGCUUUCCGCUCUGCCUGUGGAAGACAUCUUGAGAAACCUUCAUUCCCUCAUCACCCCCUACAUUCAGCAGCUAGAGAAGCUAGCUGAUGAGACGCCUAAUCCCUCCAAUAAGCUGGCAAUCAUUCACAUCCUGGGGCUGCUGUCCAACCUGUUCACUACGCUCGACAUCAGCAAGCAGGACGAUGAGUCGGCUGACGGCUCUGCGCCACCUGUCAAAGCAACCCCACCUCCUCCAGGACCAAAUCCGGUGGUGGUCGUCUUGCAGCAGGUUUUUGCCCUCAUACAAAAGGUUCUGAGCAAAUGGCUGAAUGACUCGCAGGUCGUGGAGGCGGUGUGUGCCAUCUUCGAGAAAUCUGUGAAGACCCUCCUGCACGACUUUGCCCCCAUGGUGUCUCAGCUAAGCGAGAUGCUUGGCCAGAUGUACAGUACAAUUCCCCAAGCAUCAGCCCUUGACCUGACACGACAGAUGGUGCAUAUCUUCGCCAGCGAGACAGACCACUUCCCACCAAUCAAGGCUCUGUUUGAGCUGGUUACCUCGGUAACACUGUCCGUCUUCCAGCAAGGACCCAGGGAUCAUCCUGAUAUUGUUGAUUCAUUUAUGCAACUCCAAGCUCAGGCCCUCAAACGGAAGCCCGACUUGUUCUUGUCAGAGAGUCUUGACGUGAAAGCGGUGUUCCACUGUGGAAUCCUGUCACUCAAAUUUCCCGAGGCCCCGACGGUCAAGUCGACAUGUCUGUUCUUUACUGAACUGCUGCCGCACUGCUCGGACGUGCCUCCGUUAGCCAGGGUGGUGCAGGAGGACGGCAAGCUGUUGGUCCAAGCUGUGCUGGAGGGCAUCGGGGGCGGAGCAUCCCGGAGUCUGAUGGACCAGUUUGCUGAAGUGUUGUUCAGCCUGAACAAGCACUGCUUCUCGCUGCUCGCCGUGUGGCUGAAAGAAGCACUGCAGCCUCCGGGCUUCCCGUCGUCACGCAUCACCACUGAGCAAAAGGACAACUUCUCCCAGCAGAUCCUCAGAGAGCGAGUAAACAAGAGAAGAGUGAAGGACAUAGUGAAAGAGUUUACACUGCUGUGCAGAGUGCAAAUACCCAGAUGCCACAGCAACAAAGUUCUCUCCAAGCCCAUAAAGAAAUCGAGAAACGAUUGUAACGAUAAUCCAUCCAGCCCCAAGACAAAGACACGGAGCCCCGUUCCAGCACAGAGCUGCCGUUGGAUCAGCGGACAAAACUCCAGUUCCCAGCAGGCCUCAGAGAGAGCCUCCUCCUUGCUGCAUUGAUUCUUUCACUGUUAAAAGAUUGAUUGCCUCUUCCUCCUCUCUUUUCUCCUUUUUAAAGGUCAUUUCAUUGGAAGGAUUUUGAGCAGCACACCCAGCAUGCUGCCUAACGCCGCCUCCUGUCUCUGGCUUGUUCUGCCUUUCUAGAUCUUCCUGUGGUUCCCUAGGUUUGUUUCCUGGUAAUUAGCAUCUAUAUGAAAUGGUAGUGGUAUCGUACGUAGCUACUUGACAUUAUUUUUCAAAGUAAACCAAGGUAAUUAUAUAAAUGUAUAUGUAAAUACAAAUAGGUGGUUUCAGUCCUGCUGCUGCUGCUGCUAAGGGGAUACAAAGGAGCAUUGUUCAGGGGUGUGGGAUGGGGAGGGGGGUUCUGCAGGAAGUUAACCCAAUAUUUGCUCCAGCUCAUGCCUCACCCUGUGAUCUCUGCGUUUGUCAAAUUAUAUUAAUUGUUUUGUGAUCUGUUUUUUUUUUAUCUAUUUCUUUUAUUAAAAGGCCUUUUCUGGGGUGUCAGUAGGGAAGGUAGACUGAAAACCACAAUACUUGGAUUUUAUACAGUCAAAGAAUUCAUCAAGCCCUCUUUAUUAGGGGCUGUACCUCAUGUUCGUGUCAUCCUACCCAGUCCUACUGCAGUCUCGCUCUUUACCGCGAGGUAAAGCAGGACUGCUGAGAACAAUGGCAGGAGGGAAGCCGGAUCCCGGUAACCAGUGCCAUGAUGGAAGCUGCUAAGAAGGAAACUAGGCAUUUCUGAAAGUAGUCACUGUAAUUGUGCAAAAAUAUUAAUCCGAGUUGUGCAUAUUAACAGUUACUGCUGAACACUUGCGUAAUUGAGUGUGCGGGUGUGAUCGUUUCUGUAUGUACGAGAGGUUUGCACAUAUGUAUCCUUUCCCCCCCCCCUUUCUCCACUUGUUCUGUGCACUUAUAUUGGACCUAUGGUACAAAUGCAUUGUUUUCUUUCGUCUGGUAUUCAGAAAGCUCUUUUUGUCCUUCAAGCCACGCUCACUCAGGCAACUCUUUUCAGAAAGACUGACCUGGACCAUCUAACACUCCUUGAACUCUCAUCGCCUCGUCAAACCAGACUCGUCCGUCUAUGUCAUUCUCACCGAGCACUUCUAUUAACAAACACUUGCGAUCAAGCUACCCAGAAUCCUCUGGGUCACUGCCGUGGAGAGGUUCGGGAAGGUGUCAGAGAGAGGCGAGCGCCGCGAUGUAACGUCGCCCGAUGGAGAGAGUUUCCUCACGCCGACAUUCUGUGCUCAUCCUUUACGCCUGUGACGCUACGGCUGUAAAUUAAAACUGUCUUUGUGAAUCAGCAGCACUCGGCAUCUAAACGUACCUUGUGAUCUCUGAUAAAACUUUUAUCUCAGUAUAAUCCUUCUGUCUUAUCCGAGGUGCCUGCAGACAUGUAGCAUGUAUGUGUUUCGGGGUGGAAGGGGGUUUUUGGGGAGGAGGCAACAGUGGAUGAAGACAGAGACCCAAGACAGGAAUCACUUUUGAUCCAAGCCGCUUCGCUUCAGUCUAAUUAGUACAAUGAACGUCUUGCUGUUCAACACUGAUCCCUGGUUUGCUUUAUUCUCUUGGUCUAAAGUGAGAGAAGGAGCGGUGUCUACCGCAGUGUAGAGUUGUGGGCGGAUGAGGGGUGGAAGGAAUUAAAUGUACAGUGGUCUUUUUGUACCUUGGCUUUAAUUUAUUAAAUAUAUCUGAGACUGCA